GAGGAAGUGUUGCCCAAAGCUCUGGAGCUCCAGGGAGACUCUGAAUGGCUUCACUUCUCUACCCCAUGGAUCUCAUCUUUCAAGUUGAUGUGCCCAGGCCAGGAAAGUCAUGUAUCCUGAAUCUUAUCUCAACACAAAAACACCCCCAGCAACCAACCAGGCAUCUGACCCUGAGGAAAAAGGGAAGGCUGGCAGCAUCAAGAAGGCUGAGGAAGAGGAGGAGAUUGACAUUGACCUGACAGCUCCAGAGACAGAGAAGGCUGCCCUUGCAAUUCAGGGCAAGUUCAGGCGAUUCCAGAAAAGGAAAAAGGAUUCCAGUUCCUGAAUGGCCAGCCUUCCCUUCAUUCUUCUACUUCCUCUCUGCCCUCCACAGCUCUGGCUCUCAUGUGUCUUGUCCCUUUAUCCCUCUAGCCUCUCCUAGAGGCAAGCUUAACCUUGAUAUAUUCUCUUCUCAGGCUCUCUUAAGCCGUCACAGUUGUAGAGACACAAGGACACAAGAAGAUUUCAGUUGGUAGUCACUAGGCUAAGGGUGGGUCAGUCCCUUGCAGAGAACAAAUGACUUCGAGGUUUGACCUCUCUCUAUCCCUAAUGCUAAGGGCAGGAUGGGAGUGCCUUCAGAGUGCAGUGCCUGAGGGUGGGGUGUACGUAUUCUCCCAGAUGCAGCAUUCACACUCCAGGUAACACUUUCUGGUCCUUUGACACCAUCCCUUCCAUCUCCCACUAUUCAGCCACAAUGCAGCUGCCCUUUCCCCUGGGCAGACAGAAAUCAAGUAGUUUACAGAGUGGUGGUGCAUGCCUUUUGCCCCAGAACUUGGAAGACAGAGGCAGGUGGAUCUCUGUAUGUUCAAGGCCAGCCAGGGCUACACAGAGAGAGACCCUGUCUCAAAAACAACCUGUACCCCCCCAAAAAAAAAUCAAGCAGCUUAACGUAUUAGUGCAUGCUGAGUAGAUUUCUUCCAAGGAAAGAAAGCAGGUAGAGGCAAGGAAACUCUUCUUUCAUUGUCCAGUCUGAAGUCAGAGGAGCCAGAGAUGGCAGAAGGUCUGGAGAAAACUAGGAAACAUUUAGGAAGGAAAGAAAAGUAGAAAAGGGCAAGAUGUCUGAAGCUACAAGUUAUUGUUAAAUGCAUAUUACUCAAGGGGCUCUCUGGCCUUUGCUAAUCUGCCUACCUCUUAAUCCACCCCCAUCUCUAGUUAUCCCCAGAGCCACGAGAGCCACGUGACAACCCUAUAGUUCUCAGCUACCCCGCUGUGGAGUCAGGGCAAAAAUAGCCACUGUAUAUGUGAUUUUAGCAUGUUUAGUUAUCGUAACAAUAAUAAUAAAAAAAAAGCCUUCAAAUGGGA